CCAGGCGAGUGCUCGCGCUGACCUCACUACUCCGAACGCCUAAGACCAACCACAAGGAGUUGCAGGAUUUCAAAGUAAGAGUGGCGACUGAUCAGGAAGAGCUGAAGAUCUUGCUCGGCCAGAGUGUACGACAAGCGUAAGUCUCAUUCUUACAGUGAACAAGCAUCUAUGCGCCGCCGUAAUGAGCUCACAGAAGCCAUCCUUAAAGCCCUCCAGACCCCCAAUCGCCCUGUCCAAGGCACACCUUCCACGUUUGGCAAGACGAAGAUCGCACGCAAUGUCGUUUUCAAAUCCGCUGCCAGCGUCCUGACGGCCUCUGAGCUCCUUAUUGGCGAGUAUGAUCGACUAGACAAGAUAAUUGUUGGCAUGCGAGACACUGAGCCUGAGGGUGUCGCAGAAGCAUGGACCGAGGAGGUAGACAAGACAGCGAGGCUGCUGAAAAUUGGCGCUGAAACUGCAAUCAAGAACGUGAAAAGAGUCUUAGGUGCAGAUGUUGAAGUCCAUGAUACAGAAAACAUAGAUGGCGAAACUCUGGUCAAUGGCGAGACCAUGGAGGCACUCGGAAAAAUGGAGCUGAACUACGAACUGCACAAGACCCUACUAUUUGCAGAGAGAGGUGUGAAGAAGAUGGUCAAGAGCCUGCCGGAGCUGGAAGAAGAUUAAGAGGUGUCACAGGCUCGCUGCUGGAUACCUUCGGUUCGGGGCUAGAUAUGAAAAGAGCAACGUAUU